UGCGGUGUGUAAUGACAACUGUCCUCCAGGUUACAGCAGGCAAAAAAAGGAGGGGGAGCCAUUUUGUUGCUAUGAUUGUGCUCCAUGUCCAGAUGGGAAGAUUUCUGACCAGAAAGGUACUACCCAUUGCUCUGUGUAAUGACAAAUGCCUUCCAGGUUACCGCAAAGAGAAGAUGGAGGGGGAGCCAUUUUGUUGCUACGACUGUGUCCCAUGUCCAAAUGGGAAGAUUUCAGACCAGAAUGACAUGGAUGACUGUUUCAAAUGCCCAGAAGGUCAAUAUCCAAACAGAAACCAAGAUCAAUGCCUUCCCAAGAUGUCAAACUUCCUCUCUUUUGCUGAACCCUUGGGGAUUGCUUUAGUUUUCAUAGCUCUUUCUUUUUCUCUGAUCACAGCUCUAGUACUAAGAGUUUUCAUCAAGAACCAGAACACUCCCAUUGUCAAAGCCAACAACCGGGGCCUCACUUACUGCCUCCUCAUCUCCCUAUUGCUCUGCUUCCUUUGCUCCCUGCUCUUCAUUGGCCGGCCUCAGCCAGUGACCUGCUAUUUGCGACAAACAGCUUUUGGCAUCAUCUUCUCAGUGGCUGUUUCUUGCAUACUGGCAAAAACCAUCACUGUCAUUCUGGCUUUCAUGGCCACUAGACCAGGAACCAGGAUGAGGAAAUGGGUGGGGAAAAGGCUGGCCAGCUCCAUUGUCCUUUCUUGCUCCCUAGUUCAAGCCAGCAUUUGUGCCAUGUGGUUAUCAACUGCUCCUCCAUUCCCAGAUCUUGACAUGCACUCUCUCCCUGAAGAAAUCAUCGUGGAAUGCAAUGAAGGCUCAGUCAGGAUGUUCUAUUGUGUCCUGGGAUACCUUGGCUUUCUGGCUAUUGUCAGCUUCACUGUGGCUUUCUAUGGCAGGAAGUUGCCAGACAGCUUCAAUGAAGCCAAGUUCAUCACUUUCAGCAUGUUGGUCUUUUGCAGUGUUUGGUUGUCCUUUAUUCCAUCUUACCUGAGCACAAAAGGUAAAUCUAUGGUGGCAGUUGAGAUCUUCUCCAUCUUGGCCUCUGGUACUGGAUUACUCAGUUGUAUAUUUUUCCCCAAAUGCUACAUAAUUAUUUGGAGGCCUGAUCUGAACACCAAGAUGGAGCUAAUAAGGAAAAAUUAA